AUGCCUUCUCUUCAAGACAGCAAAAUCGCCUUUAUUGGUGGCGGCAACAUGGCGUCCGCCAUCAUUGGCGGUCUCGUCGCCAAGGGUGUCAACAAGCAAAACAUCAUCGUCUCCGAGCCGUGGGACGUCAACCGCGAAAAGCUUGCUGCCGUCGGCGUGCAAACCACCACCAAUAACGCUGAGGCAGGCGCUAACUCCGAUAUCGUCAUCAUUGCUGUUAAGCCUCAGGUUACUAAGGGCGUCUGUGAGGAACUAGGCGCUUCCUGGACUCGGCGCGCUUCUUUGCCCGUUGUUGUUAGCAUUGCUGCUGGAAUCACCCUUAGCAGUCUCGAAGAGUGGUCGCGCACUACCGAUGGUCGCUCUGCUCAUGUUGUCCGUGUUAUGCCUAAUACCCCUGCCCUUGUUGGUGAAGGUGCCUCGGGCGCUUUUGCUAGUGCCGAUGUUUCGGCUGAGGAGAAGGAGCUCGUCAACUCGUUGUUGAGCAGUGUUAGUAAGGCGACGGAGUGGGUGGAUAAGGAGGAACUUCUGGAUGUUGUGACUGGUCUUUCGGGAUCUGGCCCGGCCUACUUUUUCGCUAUGGUGGAGCACCUCGUGGCUAGUGCUACUGCUCUUGGUUUGCCGCAAGAACAGGCUACUCGUCUCGCUACGCAGACUUGUUUGGGCGCUGGUAAAAUGCUGGUUGAGUCUUCCGAUGAGCCUAGUCAACUACGCAAGAAUGUUACUAGUCCUAACGGAACUACAUAUGCUGCGUUGCAGUCCUUUGAGGCUCAGGGCUUCAAGGAGAUUGUUGAUAAGGCUGUUCAGGCGGCUACUGCACGAUCUGCGGAGCUUGGUGCUAAAUAG